UCUCAGUUCCGUCAAAAGCGUUAAAGUUAGCUGUUGGGUAUUCCACAAAGCUCUCAGAAAAUUACCUAAUUUAAUAUAAAAAGUUAGCAUUUUACUUGUAUCAUAUUGAUCAUUUAAUUUGAUUGUGUAAUCGAUCGUUAAAGUUCUAUAUCAAAUUAUUAAUCAUGAGAGAAAUUGUGCAUUUACAAGUUGGCCAAUGUGGAAACCAAAUAGGAUCAAAGUUCUGGGAAAUUAUUUCGGAUGAACAUGGAAUCGAUCCAAAUGGCCAUUAUCAUGGUGACACCGAUCUUCAAUUGGAACGCAUCAACGUGUAUUACAAUGAAGUAAAUGGUAACAGAUAUGUGCCACGUUCAGUUCUUGUCGACUUGGAACCAGGUACGAUGGACUCAGUUCGUUCGUCACCAUAUGGAAAACUUUUCCGUCCCGACAACUUCGUCUUUGGACAAAGUGGUGCUGGUAACAAUUGGGCGAAAGGCCAUUACACAGAAGGUGCUGAACUUGUUGAUUCCGUUUUGGAAGUUAUUCGUAAAGAAUCAGAGGGAUGCGAUUGUCUUCAGGGCUUUCAGUUGACCCAUUCACUUGGAGGUGGAACUGGUUCAGGAAUGGGAACAUUAUUGAUUGCUAAGAUUCGCGAAGAAUAUCCCGAUCGUAUUCUCAGCACUUACAGUGUUAUUCCAUCACCGAAAGUAUCCGAUACUGUCGUUGAACCUUAUAACGCAACACUCUCAGUUCAUCAAUUGGUUGAGAACACUGAUGAGACUUUCUGCAUUGACAAUGAAGCUUUAUAUGAUAUUUGCUUCCGUACAUUAAAGUUGACAUCACCAUCAUAUGGAGACUUGAAUCAUUUGGUUUCAGUCACAAUGUCGGGUGUAACUACAUGCUUACGUUUCCCCGGUCAAUUGAAUGCUGAUUUAAGAAAAUUAGCUGUGAACAUGGUUCCAUUUCCACGUCUUCAUUUCUUCAUGCCUGCAACAUUCAUCGGCAACUCAACUGCUAUUCAAGAAAUUUUCAAGAGAAUUUCAGAACAAUUUACUGCAAUGUUCCGUCGAAAGGCUUUCUUACAUUGGUAUACUGGUGAGGGCAUGGAUGAAAUGGAAUUCACAGAAGCUGAAAGCAAUAUGAACGAUUUGGUGUCAGAAUACCAGCAAUAUCAAGAAGCAACAGCUGACGAAGAUGUUGAAUAUGAAGAUGGAAUCAUCGAGGAGGAACAUGAACAACAAGAGUAA